AAUACAUCCCAUUUUCUAAGCCCAACCGAGCCUUCCAUUUACAGGAAAACAACUAGACAAUUUUCCUAUGUUACCUUUCUCAGCCUGUGUCAGAAUCAAGUGGCAAAAAAGUCCAUUCUUUAACUCCAGCUUCAUUAAUACUUUUCCCUACAAAUACAAUCCUUGUUCACGCCCCCUGGUGACCUUCAACCAUCCACAUCGAUUAUCAACCUUCAAGCUCUUCAAGUCUUUCAGUACCUCAAGCAUGGCUGACUCACGACCAGUCUUCUUCUUUGACAUCGAUAAUUGUGUAAGUAUCUUUUCUGCACCUGUCUCUUGCAAUUAACUGACUAUCACUAGCUCUAUCCCAAGAGUAAGAACGUGCAUCAUCACAUGACGAGGUUGAUCGAUGACUACUUUAUGAAGCAUUUCGAACUUACACGAGAGGAUGCCUUCAAGCUCCACCAAGAAUACUACAAGAAUUAUGGUCUUGCAAUAGAAGGACUCAUCCGUCAUCACAAGAUCGACCCAUUGGAAUACAACCGCCAAGUUGACGAUGCUCUACCCCUCGAUGAAAUUAUCCUUCCCGACCCAGAUCUCCGGAAGUUACUGCAAGACCUUGAUACGACCAAAAUCAAACCCUGGCUGUUUACAAAUGCCUAUGUCACUCAUGGCAAACGAGUUGUUCGUCUUCUAGGUGUUGAUGAUUUGUUUGAGGGCAUGACAUUUUGUGAUUAUGGUGCCAAUCCGAUUGUGUGCAAGCCAUACCUUAAGAUGUUUCAGAAGGGAAUGCGCGAGGCUGGAGUCAAAGAGAUGAAAGAUUGUUACUUUGUUGGUAAGGGUAUUUCAACAUCGAUCCAGUUUACAAGCUUACAUUUUUAGACGAUUCCGAUUUGAAUUGCAAGAAGGCCGAAGAACUGGGAUGGAAUACGGCGCAUCUGGUAGAGGAGGAAGAGCCUUUGCCCGCAGAGAAGCCAUGCAAGCAUCAAAUUCGUCACUUGGAAGAGCUUAGGUCAUUGUUUCCACAAUUCUUCAAGUCCACUUCUGCAUAGAGUUGCACGUUUUCAAUAAGGGCCGGGAAUGAUCUUUUGGAUGGAUUGACGAUAGACGAUAGAUUGGAGAAAGUGUGCUGAAGCUGCGUAGACACCUAAGAAGACCACGAUGAACAACCUUGUAUUGCAUAGAAAACCAAAGAUACCAUUAAACUCCGC